AUGCAACCACCACCCAGAAAGGUGAGAGAGAGUCAGCAGGUGAAACUGGUGUUCUCAGAGCAGCACAGUAAAUUGCAGACCAAACAACAUCAGGACACUGAACUGUUGGAGGAGAUCAGGUCCUUCAGUAAGCAUCGUGCAGCUAUAGAGAAGGAGUAUGCCCAGGCUCUUCAGAGGUUAGCUGUUCAGUACCAGAAGAGAGACUGGCAAAGAGGAAAUACAGAUGCUAUCACUUCUGGAGGUGUGUUUGGUGUGUGGCGGUCAAUGGUUGAUGCAACAGCUCAGACUGCUGCAUCACGACUUGCUGCUGCAGAGGAAUACCGCAGACUGACAGGACAAGCCUCCAGAAGUUUUCGCAAUGCAAAGGACAUCCGAGCUAAGCAUGGCCUGGAGCAGCUUCUGAGGGUACAGGGUGAAGUCGUGGAUGCCCUGCGAGAACUGCACAGGCUCAAGAAGAGCUAUCACCAACUCAGCCACAUUGCAAAUGUUGCCAGAGAGAAAGCUGCAGAUGCACAGACAAGAGCCAGAAAGAGUGAACAUGGAAUUUUCCACUUUAAAGCAGGACUAUAUAAAAUGACUGCUAAGCUCAGGGCCAGGUUGAAGGAGUGUGAUGACCGUUUGACUGAAGUUCGUAAUGACUAUCUGCUGGCCCUAGCAGCAGUGAAUGCCCACCACCAAAACUACUUUAGGAAUGAUUUACCACUCAUUAUGGAGCAAAUGGAUGGGGACAUUUAUGAUGACUUCAGGAGCCAUUUUACCCUGCUGUGUGGGAUAGAAAUGGAUUCCUGUUUGUUCACACACAAACUGUACAGCAAGAUAUGGGACAGCGUUGGUAAAGUGACUAGAGAUACAAAUAUUCAGCAGUUUCUCCAAGAAUCUGUUGCCUUCAAUAAAACCACCGGAUUUCCCUUUCAACCUGCUCCAUAUGACAAGGUGUCUUCUCUAGAGGAGGUCUGUGCCUCAGCAGCGGAGGGUUGUCUGGUUAAGGAAGCCAAGAAAUGGACUACUAAGGCUGCGAAGGACUAUAAAAUCAUCACCCACGGAGAGAGGGCUCUACAAAUGUUAGGAAGUCGGUUGAAGCUCUUGUCCGGGGAGACAGGGCUUAGCGUGGAGCAGAAGAUAGCAGAGGUGCAGGACAAUGUCAGGAAAGCCAAGCUCAGCAGAGUGAAGGCAGAGGCUCGUCUGGUGCUGCUGUCAGACAGUGUCCCAGGAAUUGAACUGUGGCUUCAUGAUGCCAUGAACCAGGCAGAAGAGGAGCUGGAGAGAGAGAGACGGCUCAGUGAACAGAGGAAGUCUACUGAAGACUUUUCAGGGGAUGAAUUUGAGCUGACUGACUUUGAGGACUAUGAUGAUGAUAAUGCAGAUAUUUUUGCAGAUCCAGGAUCAGCAUCUGGAGCGUGUGUUUAUCCUGCAGCCUGUAGAGUUAUCUAUAGCUAUCAGGCUGGCCAGUCAGACGAGCUGUCAAUCAGGGAAGGGGAGGAGCUUCAAGCGAUCGAAGAUGGAGACAUGGAGGACUGGCUAAAGGUGUGUAACUCUUGUGGUCAGGUGGGUUAUGUUCCUGAGCGUUAUGUGCAGUUCAUGUGUCUACAAGCAGAGGAAAGUGCUCAGCUGGACUGUUCCUUCAGCUCCACCUCAUCCACUGGAAAUAAAGAGAAGGCAAGCAGCCAAGGUAUAGCCAGAGCUCUCUACUCCUACCAGGCCCAAAGUGCAGAAGAGCUUUCCUUCCAGGAGGGGGCACUGAUCACACUGAUGUGCUGUCGACUUGGAGAGGUGGAUGAUGGAUUUUGGGAGGGAGAGCUGAAUGGACGGAUUGGUCUCUUCCCGUCGUUGGUGGUAGAGCUCGUACAUGAUGAAGUGGAUCUGGAGGAGCCACAAGAGGAGUCUCUCCCAACCCCAACCAUGCCUCCCUUUUCUUCUACAGUAGGAAUCCGCUCAACUCCUGGCUGUAGAUCCAAACUUAAUGCUACCCCCCCUAGCUGUGUUGAAGACAAACAGCAGCCCUUACAUCUGAGGGUUGCAAACAUUACAGUAGAAACUGGGGGCAGCAACCACACAUCUCCAGAUUUCUCCAGUAGUCGACUAAGACCUUGUCGAGCACCUCCCCCUCCUCCAACACUGAAGCCUUCACCUCAUCCCGAAGACUCGGUGCGUUGGAGAAGUCAAAAUAAUCACCUCUCCUAAUCACUAUUCCAAGAUCCUGCUAGGAAAGGUCACAAGGUCAAGAGAAGAUGUCAAAGUGAAGCAGUAAGGAGUAAGGAAAAGAAAUCCAACUCCACUUACACCUUUAAAAAAAACAAAUACUGUCCAAAAAAGGAUGAUGCUACCUGAGAAAAAGAUGUUUUUAUUAUUAAGGGAAGAUUUAAGAUUUUCGGCUAUUUACAACAAAACCAACUGGAAAUAUAUGAAAUAAAUGUAGACAAACCUUAUAAAAGAGGACAAAAGAUUUUUGUGUGCAUUUUGCGAUCGGGGCAUUAAAAUGACAUUUAUAUUAGCAUAAUGAAGAUUCUGAUGAAGAUAUUGUAAACUAUGAUUUCCCUGUGUGUGUUGUUCACUGUGACUGAUGACUGGACGGAUUUGACAGAGCAGAAAUCAGGAGCUCAGAUGAUCAUGUUCGGAUUUACAUCAGUUCUGGAUCUUGUCAGGAGAAUAAAACAACUGCUUAUUUUUUUCCAUAAUUACCAGAUUUUGCUGCCGCCAUGAAUUGUGGGACAUCAUUUUUCUCUUUUCUUUCAUAAAUGAAGGUCUUGUCUUUCCCAUGGUAAAAGAGGUUCAGUAAGUUAGGAAACAUUGAAGCUCUUUUCCUUAUAAUUAAGAUAACUCAAACAGCUAUCAUGGCUGCCACUUAAAUGCUUCUGCAUGGUCAUGUAUCUCAUAAGAACCUAGCUAAGCAAAGUGGACUAAUCAAAGGCACUUUCUAACUCAAGUACUUGGUAGGUGUUUGCAAAAGGACAGAGGAUACCAAUGUCCUUAAGGUGGCCCUGAGAGCUCAACACAAGGCAACUUCAGAAAACACAUACAAGUGGACAAAACACAAGCAAAGUAAGAAAACAUCUUCAUCAAUUUCACAACACAACACAUCACAGGAAUGCCCCAUGUCCUUAGCUAAGACCAGAGGAGUCAUGACGCUCUAAAGACAACAUGAUGUUUGAGAUCGUAUAAGGCCCAGUGGGUGUUAGAAGGUUAACAGUAGACAUCUGGUGACAGCUCAGCUCAGCUGUGUUUCAGACGUUGUGCCUCCUCUGUCAGUCUCUCCCCUCUUUUUGUGUUAGGUCUCUGUGCCACUUUUUAACCUACAAAGAGAGAUUAUCCUACUAGACUCAGGUUUGCUAAUCAUCCACCUAGGUGCAGCUCCAGAUACUUUGAUGAUUUCACAAUAUCAUAUUUGUGAAGCAGUGCAAUAUUUUUCAUUGACAAUUUUGUUACAUGUAAAAUAUAAGAAAAGCAAGAAGUUAUUACUAUGUACCUUUAGUAUUUGGCUACUGAGCUAUUACUUUGUAAGACUUUAAUAAGCAAAAACAUAUUUCCUACAGCAGUACAGCUUAGAUUCUAACAGCUAGAAAUAUAAAACAACAUAAAAUAGUGCCGUAAUAAAAUGUGCUUUCAAAGAACAUAUGUUAAAAAGAUGUAUGGGAGAAUUCAACUGACCAGGUGUCUCACUGCUGUGAUCUUGACAAACAGGGAGUUUCCUACAGCGGACGGACACAGCAGAUAGACACAAAUGAUGAGUUCAUGUCUUUUUUUCAUAAUACGUUUUUUGAAGCACCUCUUUGUACUAGUUCUGGCUUGUCUUUUUUUCACAUUGUUUUAUAAAGCACCUCUUUGGAUAAGUUAUGGCUUUUGUGAACCUGUGGCCAGUUUCACUUUGAGCACCGUGCUUGUUGUGUAAACUCUGCAGAGUUUACUAUUAAAAAGACUCAAGGCAAA